AUUAAGAAAGGGAACAAUGGUAGCUACUUUUGGGUUUGGGAUAUAAAAAAGGUCUGUAAACCCAACCCAGUGAAGCACCAGAGAUUUUGCAGAUCAAUUCGUCUCUGAGUAACGCCGGAGAUGGAUCGGCAAGCACACGAUUACGCCGCCGCCUCUGCCAUGGCUUAUGCCCAGCAGCAGCGUGGGGUAAAUCCACAGCAGCAACAGCAAGGGUUUGGAUACCCUCCUCCUCCUCAGCAGCAGCAGCAACAACAACAGCAGCAGUUCCCUCCUUUCAUUCCCCCGCACCCGUCGAUGCAGCAAUUCCCUUACCAAGUCCAUCCCCACCUUCAUCAUCUCCAACAGCAGCCCCCGUCCGCUUAUCCCUCCCUCAUGGGCCCUCCGCUUGUGCCUCCGCCUUUCCACGCUUCUUACGAUGCCGGGGCGGGUGCACCGCCUCCACCAUUACCAGCUGCUCCUCCUUCGGACCCAGAGCUUCAUAAGCGAAUCGAUAAAUUGGCUGAGUAUGCUGCGAAGAAUGGGCCUGAAUUUGAAGCCAUGAUACGGGAAAAGCAGCAAGAUAAUCCUGAUUACGGUUUCCUGUUUGGUGGGGAUGGCCAUGGUUACUACCGUUAUAAGCUUUGGCUAUGUACAAGAGGCGCAGGUGGUGGGUCAUUCAAUCCGCCGUUUCCUCCUUCGUCUAUACAUAUGAUGCGUCCUCCUCCGAAUCCCAUGUUGAGCCCGUCUCACUUGAGUGCACCUCCUCCAAUAAUGGGUGGUCCCCAAAUGCAUCAACCACCGUAUUUCUAUGAGCAUCAACAUCCUCAGCCUUUUGGCUCUUACGGUAGACCAGACUAUGAUCAGUCUUCCAAGUCUUUUAAAGGGCUUUCGGGUCCGCUACCCUCCGAUGUUGCGGUGGAGUUAAGUAAUGUGCUUAUUACUCUUAAUGGCACCAAAGAGUCUAUCAAAGGUGCCAAGUUUUGGUUCAUGCAGAGGUCUAUAUUUGCACCGGCUUUGGCUGAGGCACUUAGAGACAGAGUAUUCUCUGUGGACGAUUCCGAAAGGCAACUCCAUAUAAUUUACCUUGCUAAUGACAUUCUUUUCGAAAGUGUGCACCGAAGAACUGGUGAUGAACUUGAUAAUGAGGCACUUGCAUUCAAGCCUGUCUUAGGUCCCAUGCUUGCAAGGAUCUUCCAUAAUCCUCAAAUUCAAGAGGAAAACCAGUCAAAGUUACAACAGCUUUUACAGUUAUGGGCGUCCAAUAACAUUUAUGAUCCAGAUACUAUUAAUGCCUUACGAAAUGAGAUGAUUGGUGGAGAGUCGGCCAAUUCUUUUGCUGGAUCCUCAAGUGCUGCAGAUUUAGCUUCUGGAUUACCACAGCAGAUGGCAAAUCAUAACUUGUCUCAAUGGCAGCCUGAACGGCCAGGUUCCGUUACUGGUUUAGGAGACCAAGAGCACGAUAAACAUGCAGCCCCUGGUCAAAACAUGCCAUCAUUGGUUGCAUCCCAGCAAUUUCUUCCAAAUUCAGUCCCUCCUGGUGCUUUUGCAGGCUCCAUCCCCAUACCAACCUCUAUUCAAGCAGCAAGUCAACAUGCUGCAGGCCCUUUAUUGCCAUGCCAAGCUGCUAACAGCGGUGAAAAGGUACCACCAUAUCCUUUGUUCCCGCCUGGUCUAAUUCCAGGAAUGGUCAGAAAGAUGCAGAUUGGCAGUGGAGUGCCUUACUCUUCGAUGAGUCCUUUGGACAUCCCAACUGUCAUACCUCCAUCCAGUAUUACACAAUCAGAAGUUCUUGAAAGAGUGUCCAAAUUCUUUAAAGAGAUUGGAGAAGUUAACCCUUCUGAAGGGCCCCUUAAAUCUGAUGCUGGUGAUUUUGAUGAGGAGUAUGAGAGAGAGUACGAAAGAGAAGCUUCUUCACGGAAGGGAGGGGCUUGCAUUCCCCCACCACCAAACCUGCAAUUGGACCCUGAGACAGGGACAUAUGCUGAUGGAAGUGUAGAUCGUAAACCUGGAUUUGGUAGCUCGGGAAGGUUAGGGCUCGGUGCUGCAGCUAAUCCUAAUGAAGUAAGUCAGUACGAUGAUGUUUAUACUUCUUACAGGAAACAAAGAAGCACCAAUUACCAUUCAUCCAUGAGCGCUAGAACCGCGGCAAAGUAAAACCAGCUUUGAGUGGAGGGUGGUGGCACUGGCAGGUUUACUUAUUUGAUUGUAAUUUUUUUUUAUUGGGUACCUGGAAUUCAGCUUGCUACGUACAUGUGUAGGAAUACAUCAAGAUUGGUUCCUUUGGGGUUGUAGUUGUACCCUUUUGGAGUUUUGAUUUAGAUUCAUAUUUUAUUGACCCCAAUUUAGAUUCAUGUAUUGAUUGGCAUACAACAUCAAUAGUUUAUAAACAUGCGAAGUUUCUUUCA